GCGCGAUACGCGCGCUGGCCAAAGGUAAUGAUGUGCAUAAAGCUCUGUUGCCCCCCUGCGGUGGUUGUUAACCAGAGUGGCGAUGCGGCUCGACAGGGAGCAUCAAUGGGGACAUAAAGUUGACCUGACGCCGCAUUUAAACCCCGCUGAAGUUGAACAAGCAGUGGAGGUGGGCGGAGUCUCCCAGCGCUCUUGAUGGAAGAAAAAAAGUUGGAGCCCUCCCCCACCCCCUCCAGACACAACAGCCCACCCCUCUCUCUCUGCUCCUCCCCCUCCCCGUCGCUCCCCUCCACCCCGUCCUCCAGCCCCCACCAGGCAGGCACCCCCCCGCUGGGCAUCAUCAGCGAGGGCGCGGGCGAGGCGGGCCUGGUCAUCGACGCGGAUGUGGCCGAUCAGGCAUGCAAGGAAGUCCUGCACAAGCUCAAGCUGCACCACGGGGAGACCGGUCCCAACGGGGAGGGGUCGGGCCCGGAAAAAACCGCCGCACCGGUGGCAAAGCUGAAAGAGGAGGUGGAUGACGACACGAAAAGCGCACGGCGCCGCUACAGGCACAACCCAUCUAAGCAGUCAUGGCUGCUCCGCCUCUUUGAGUCCAAGCUAUUUGACGUCUCCAUGGCGAUAUCCUACCUGCACAACUCCAAGGAACCCGGAGUCCAGGCCUACAUCGGAAACCGCCUGUUCAGCUUUCCUCAUGAAGACGUCGACUUCUACCUGCCGCAACUCCUCAAUAUGUACGUGCACAUGGACGAGCACGUGGGCGACGCCAUCAAGCCUUAUGUGGUGUACCGCUGCAGACAGAGCAUCUCGUUCAGCCUCCAGUGCGCUUGGCUGCUGGGCGCCUACUCAUCCGACAUGCACAUCUCAACGCAGCGCCACUCCAGAGGCACCAAGUUGCGCAAGCUCAUUCUGUCGGACGAACUCAAACCCGCCGGCGGUGCCCGGGCCCGCCGCGACCCUCUGGUGCUGACGCCCUUCUGUCCCGUGGCACCCCCUGCCACAGCCCUGGGGAGCGAGCACAGCCUGUCGCCCUCGAAACGCACGCAUCAACGCUCCAAGUCGGACGCCACGGUCAGUGUCAGCCUGAGCAGCAACCUGAAGAGGACGGCCAGCAACCCCAAAGUGGAGAGCAGCCACGAGGAGGACAGAAGCUCCUCCUCGGCCUUUGUUGGUUUUUCGAGCAUCGCUGUUGUUUUUGCGAGCAGCGCCCCGGUGCGUCUGGCCCCCCAGAGGGAGUUCAUCAAGUCGCUGAUGGGCAUCGGCAAGCGUCUGGCCACCUUGCCCACCAAAGAGCAGAAGACGCAGCGCUUGAUCUCGGAGCUGUCGCUGCUCAACCACAAGCUGCCUGCGCGAGUGUGGCUGCCCACCGCCGCCUUUGAGCAUCACGUGGUCCGCGUGCCGCAUACGCAGGCCGUGGUGCUCAACUCCAAAGACAAGGCGCCCUACCUCAUCUACGUGGAGGUUCUAGAGUGCGACAGCUUCGAGUCGUCCAGCGUGCCCAUGCGUAUCCCCGAGAACCGCAUCAGGAGCACGCGCUCUGUGGAGAACCUGCCGGACUGCGGCAUGACGACGGAGCAGCGAGCCGGCAGCUUCUCCACCGUUCCAAAUUACGAUAACGACGACGAGGCGUGGUCUGUGGACGACAUCAUCGAGCUUCGGGUGGAGUUGCCGGAGGUUCAUGCGAGCAGUGACAACAUCAGUCAGUUCUCAGUGGACAGCAUCACCAGCCUGGAGAGCAAAGAGCCCGUCUUCAUCGCCGCAGGAGACAUCAGGCGCCGUCUGUCAGAGCAGCUUGCGCAGACCCCCAACGUUUUCAAGCGUGACCCAGAGGACCCGUCAGCCGUGGCCCUCAAGGAGCCCUGGGAGGAGAAAGUCCGGAGGAUCAGGGAAGGUUCUCCUUAUGGCCACCUCCCCGCCUGGCGCUUGCUGUCCAUCAUCGUCAAAUGCGGCGAUGACCUGCGCCAGGAGCUGCUCGCCUCCCAGGUGCUGCAGCAGCUCAAGUCCAUCUGGGAGACGGAGCGCGUCCCCCUGUGGAUCAAGCCCUACAAGAUCCUGGUCUUGUCGUCGGACAGCGGCAUGAUCGAGCCGGUGAUGAACGCCGUGUCGCUGCAUCAGGUGAAGAAGCAGAGCCAGCUGUCUUUGCUCGAGUACUUCCUGCAGGAGCACGGCGCCCCCACCACCGAGGCCUUCCUGUCGGCCCAGAAGAACUUUGUGCAGAGCUGCGCGGGCUACAGCCUCAUCUGCUACCUGCUGCAGGUCAAGGACAGACACAACGGCAACAUCUUGAUGGACGCUCAGGGUCACAUCAUCCACAUCGACUUCGGCUUCAUCCUGUCCAGCUCGCCUAAAAACCUCGGCUUUGAAACGUCUGCCUUCAAACUUACCGAGGAGUUUGUGGCCGUAAUGGGCGGUCCAGAUGGAGACAUGUUUAACUACUACAAAAUGCUGAUGCUGCAAGGACUCAUUUCCGCCAGGAAGCACAUGGACCGCGUGCUGCAGAUCGUGGAGAUCAUGCAACAAGGCUCGCAGAUGCCAUGUUUCCACGGCUCCAGCACCAUGCGGGGCCUGAAGGAGCGUUUCCACAUGAGCCUGACGGAGGAGCAGCUGCAAGUUCUGGUGGAGCAGCUGGUGGACGGCUCCAUGCGCUCGCUGACCACCAAACUCUACGACGGCUUCCAGUACAUCACCAACGGCAUCAUGUGACCACUUCCCCCCCUUUACCCCCCCUCCCCGCCAACCCUGUGUUGACUUUGAAAAAGACGCGUACGCAAAACGAACAACAUUCCACUUACCCACGUGAUGAUGAUCGCAUUCUCAGGUCUUUGUGAAAAGGAGACUUUUCAAAAUAAAACGUCAAAGAAAGGAAACAUUCCUGAUGUGUUGGCGGCAAGUGGGCGGAGCCUCAGAACUGUUUUGUUUGAGCCACACCUUUGAUUUGUGUGUGUUGCAUCCAAUCACUGCUAGCCCUCAAUGUCUGCUCCACCCAUUUUUAUAUGCGAUGAGUCAUGGCUUUUCAGAACAAAUGCACCACAGUCCCCCAAGAGACCACCAAAAUAAAAGUGUGUCUAUACUAAAA